AUGGCUCCCCCUAUGCAGAACGUUUGCAUUCCGAUGCAUUUGGAUGCCUUUGUCUUAUCUCCAAAACUCUGCGAUGCAUCACGUCAAUCAAAGAUUGCCCCAUACACCCAGCCAAACUACACUGCUUUGCGCCUCAAAAGCAAUCUUUUGCAACAUGAUAUCCUUGAUCAGGUAGACUUCCAUAAUACUCAACCAGCCACCCGAAAUUCCAGGACUGCUGAUAUUGGAUCUUCGCCUCCAAACAAUCUGAACCUGCAUCGAAUGGGCGUGCAUCUUCAAUGGUCUCUUCCUCGAUGCUAUCGCACGGCUGCCGCUACUGGACGAAAAACAAGUAAUUCCAAAGCUGGAACAACUGCGGACCCAGCGCAGCCUACGUUUCGCAAGAUUCCAAAUCGGUGGUUAAUCACCAGGCAUCUAAAGACACCAACUAAUCCUCCUCCUGGGGUUAAUCUCUUCCAAAGUUGGGUCGUUGAGAGCGAUGUUGUUCGAAAGAUCAAGGAGAUUCCCGCCGACGAGGACUUGGAGAGCGGUGUGUCGCCCUUUGUCUCUUACGCCGGAGGUGAUACUAAAGCUCCUAAAUCGAGUGACCCAGCGUCCAACCCAAAUGUGUUAAACGAGCAAACGGAAGUUUUCCUGGGCCGGAAGUUUGAUCUUCAGAACUGGCCUGGUACCGAUCCGAGGAACUAUCUUCCCGGUGGCCUGACCGUCAUGAGUUCUUCAAAUCCAUACUUUGCUGAUAACGCUCUUCACAAUGCCAACGUGCUCUCUAUCAUUGACAACUUUUCUUACCCACGAAACACCAAUGACUCAAAUCCGAGAGACGACAACUUCAGUUACUUGAAAAACGCCACCUGUGAUUACUUUGUAAUUGGGUGGCACAGCGACCCCAAUGACGACCCAUUCAACAUCAAGCUGGAUCCCUUAAGUACCUCUAAUCUAAGUACUCGAGUUUCCGACCUCAUGAUGCAACUGAGUCCCAACGAAGCAGGGGAUGCUGAAGAUGGUGCAAACCUCUUCAAGCCAGAGGCCAAAUCUAAAAUAGAGCCCUUGUCAAUCGGAACGACUGCUCUUGAUAGUAUUUUGACUUUUCUGGAUGCCCAUCAACAUGACUCGGACCAAGCCAGCCCAUUUGGCCCAGGGGGUGCCUCUCUGGCUCAUCAAGUAGUGGAGCUUUCUCAGCUGCUUUAUGCGGCCGGUGAUCAGUAUGAUUCUCGUGUCCAGGCACAAGACAUGAUUGCUCAGCAGAAUUUCUCAAAGACUGAUGGUGGCUCUGUUUGGAGCUACUCCAAAGGUGCUCAAAGCCAAGGCGCGCAACAACCUUUGAUAAAUAGUGGCCAUGAGAAAACGGUACUGGAACAGCUGAAUCAAAAGCAGUUGGUACUAGACAUAGCGACUAGAAAACUGUCAUGGCUACAGUGGUCACUUUUCGCUGAAUGGUUCAAGUACAAGAGCCAGUUCAUCCCCACUAUUGGUCGCCCAGCUGUGCUACAAGCUUAUGCAGACGUAGUAAAGCCGAUAAAGGAUAGUAUCAAUGGCGCCAAAAACCCAGAUGGAACAGUUGUCACGGGCCUCAAGAGUUUCAUCACAUCGCUGAAUAAUGAUAUAUCCGAUCUGAAAGGCAAGGUCGAUUGCAAGUCGUCUGCACGAGAACCGUAUCGACUGCGAUCUGAUCCUACGCUUUCUAUUGUGGGUUUGGACUCUGGCUGGCCGGUAGAUAUCUUGGAUACUCUGCAGGUCCUGCUAGAUGAGGAGCUGUUGAAUGAUAUCUCUACGGCUAAAACUAUCUUUGGAACAUUGAAAAAUCCUGUCCCUCAGGAUAACGGACUUAAUGUUACUGCUGCCAAGUUACUUGCUGAAUGCAUGGCAAGCACCAACAUGGGAACCACCAAUGGCAAAACGGGCACUCCAAAGAUCACAGGCUUUCAGUCUUGGGGUAACCGCAAUCCUUUUGCUCCCCUAUUCAUUGAAUGGGAAGGGCUCUACUACCAUAUCGACAAAGAAUUAUGGGAUGUACAACUUCGCCCGAGUCCAGUUGGGCAUCCGAUCUCCCAGGUCCGAUAUGUUCCAGGGCAAGCGUUGUUAACAGCAGAUAGGGCAAGUCAGGCAGACUUUCGUACCCUCAAUGGAAGAGUCAUGGUCUUGCCGCAGCCAACACUGAACCUAGAGACAAUGGUCGCUCAAGUGCUUCAGAACAAAUCCAAUGUACUUCCUCCAGACAUUGACGCUUCUGCUUUGCAGCAGCAAAUCCGCAAGAUCAAGUUCUUGUCUGCACCGUUGUCUGGCUUAACAAAUCAUCUCGUCACAAGAGUUCAAGGAGCACAUGUGAAACCUAAUGUUAGGGUACAAGGUCAAAACGUGAUUCCCUUGACUGCGGCAGAUGCUACUGAAAUUGGUAUCGACGUCCCAACUUUGGCCCUGAUGGAAGAUCAAAGCGCGCUGACGCCAUAUGGUUCACUGAUGGAAUUUGCACUGAACGCUUAUCCAAACAACCCAUUCAAACCUGUUACGCAUGGACAGAUGGUGCUUACAAAACUCAACAUCAUCGAUAAGUUUGGACAAGCCAUCACUAUGCCUGAUCUCAAUCGACGACUCGUCAACCAGCCAAAACCUCCAGAUGCAAAGAUUUACCCAAGCUUGAGCGACUACUUGGCACCAGAUAUUAUCGAGGUUGACGAUGGAAGCGGAGGCAAGAAGAAGGUUUUGAACACACUGUUUCCAACUCCAGAUCCAGUUGUUGAAGGCUCGUGGCCAGUUUCUCAGUUCAUCCAAUUGACUCCAGCCAUCAAUCAGGAUGCAAGGAUCAAUGGUGUUUUUCUGACGCAAGACACAAUCGCAUCAAAUAAAUAUUCUGCGUGGAGAGAAGCUACAGAUUUUGAGAAUCCAAUCUGGGGCUGGCUGGUGGUCAACUAUGCCGAUAACGGCCUGCAAUUCUUCCUCAGUGAUGGUACCUUUUACCGCGAGAUCCGCAAGGGCGGAGUCAAUGGCACCAACGUUUCAGCCAAGUGGCUUCCCUACGCGGCACCCAAAGGCAGUCUUGUUCCGAGUGACGCAGGGACAUACCAGCUCAGUAAGCUGCUUGACCAGCUUUCCCCAGAGGUCGAUACAGAUGGUACAUACCUACAGGCUUUCUUUGACAUGAUCAACGGAGCAAUCCAAAACAUGCCCUUUCCCCCAUCAAGCUAUUCUGCCUACGCCAAUGCUAUCGUCGGUAAACCGCUGGCCCUGGUAAACGCUGGCUGGAGCAUAGAACUCGCACAACCACCGCUAGAGCCUCAGUUUGAUUCCAUCUCCAGCAGACCCGACACCUGGAAAGGCGAGCUUGAGAGAUAUGGCUUUAAGCUGAAGAUUGGCGAUGCAGCUCGUAAUUUCGACGGCGUUGUCGGUUACUUCCUAUCAUCCAAUGCAGCUGCACCAGGGUCCAACGGUAAUAUCCCGGAUCCACAGCCGGUCACGGAGUGGGAUACGCUGUUCACAUACUUCCCACCAGAAGGGAAGUCACAAAAGGGAGUUCAGGGUAUUUACCCAGAUAACUACCCUGUUCUGAACCCAUAUUACCUGCAUCCCGAACCGGAGAAGACGGCCAACAUUGUUGAGGCCAAGAACAGGAAAUAUCUUGUCACUUCGCUCUUGGUAGAUCCGUACACGCCUAUUCACGGGUAUUCACCGACUCUUCCUACCAAGUCACUAACAUUACCAGACUGGGCGGUCAAGGUGGCUAUGGACAAGAUGCAUGCCUUCUUCCAUCUUGGACCAUCACUUGUCACGGCUGAUGUCCCUCUCACAUAUUCAGAGGCGAAUGCAAUUAAUCCUGACAAAACACCAAAGAAUGCUGUUGGCUUGCCCGUAUCGGGAAGCAAAGGUACUUGGACGUGGUUGCAGCCUUAUGCGCAGGAUGGGUUUGCUGAUGAUAGGACUGAGUUGCCGGCUGAGUAUGCAACUAUGGGGGUGAAUGUAGAUGUUGGUUCGGUGAAGUUUAAGCCGGCGCCGUAUACAUUAUUGGAAGGGUACCUGCAAUUAAUGGGCAAGUUGGACAACACAGGGGGCACAUAA